CGGAGGGGCCGCUGGUGUGGUAAAAUGUUUGAUGUGUGAUCUCGCGAGAUUGCGCGGCACUCAUCCUGUUCGAAGCACUGCUUCCUGGACCAGAACCCCCCUGAACCCGAGUCUCCGCCGCUCGGACGAAAGAACAGAAUAGAGCCGCGCACCCGGUGGCUCUACCCCGGGACAUCUGCGGCGACACCUCGCCUGGGCCGAACAGACGUUCUCGGACGACCAGCAGUUGCUGUCACCGGCGUUACCUGCCCUGCCUCCGUGCCCGCCAGAGACAGGCCAGGGCCGUGCCGAGACGAGCAACGCGAGCAGACUCCGUUUUGCCUUAAAAGUGGGAGAGGAAGAGAUUGAAAAAAAAAAAAAUACGGAAUGUGGUGAUGGAUUUUGUCCAAAUUUUAUAGUUUCUCCAGUAGCUUGCUAGCAUCGUUAGCUAGCCAACUGCACACCACUGGGAGACGUCUAGCUAGCUUUCUAGCUAACUAGCCUGCUUGCAAGGUUGGCUAGCUAACUUGGUAGCUAGCUGCUGUGUAGGCGAGCCGAGCUAGGUGGCCGUCUUGCAGAGGAGAUCGUGCGAAUGCGAUAGCAAGCUCGGUAUCUAGUUAGCCAGUUUGCUCAACUUGAGAACAAUCAAGACCGUCGGAUUUGACCGCUAACAAAACGUAGUCGCCAUGGCCCCCAAAAGAAGACCUAUGCCCCUGAACAUCACGCCUACCGGAGAAGGGCAGACGGCCUCCACCACGAUUGAUGCCGCCACCGAGGCCAACCUGGAGGCCCUGCAGAAGAAGCUGGGCGAGCUGGACCUGGACGAUCAGCAGAAGAAGCGCCUGGAGGCCUUCCUUACCCAGAAGGCCAAGGUGGGCGAGCUGAAGGACGACGACUUCCACCGCAUCUGCGAGCUCGGGGCCGGCAACGGGGGCGUGGUCAACAAGGUCCGCCACAAGCCGUCCAGCCUGGUGAUGGCCCGGAAGCUGAUCCACCUGGAGAUCAAGCCCGCCAUCCGGAACCAGAUCAUCCGCGAGCUGCAGGUCCUGCACGAGUGCAACUCGCCCUACAUCGUGGGCUUCUACGGGGCCUUCUACAGCGACGGCGAGAUCAGCAUCUGCAUGGAGCACAUGGACGGGGGAUCCCUGGAUCAGGUGCUGAAAGAGGCUCGGAGGAUUCCCGAAGAGAUCCUCGGAAAAGUCAGCAUAGCAGUUCUGAGAGGGCUAGCGUACCUGCGGGAAAAACACCAGAUAAUGCACAGAGACGUGAAGCCGUCCAACAUCCUGGUGAACUCUCGCGGUGAGAUCAAGCUGUGCGACUUCGGCGUGAGCGGCCAGCUCAUCGACUCCAUGGCCAACUCCUUCGUGGGGACGCGCUCCUACAUGUCGCCGGAGAGACUGCAGGGGACGCACUACUCUGUGCAGUCGGACGUGUGGAGCAUGGGCCUGUCUCUGGUGGAGCUGUCCAUCGGCCGCUACCCCAUCCCUCCUCCCGACGCCAAGGAGCUGGAGGCCAUUUUCGGGAGGCCCGUGAUGGACGGCGGGGAGGGGCACAGCACCUCCCCCCCCCCCCGCCCCCCCGGCCGGCCCGUCAGUGGUGAGCACUGGCCGUCCUUGCCCGCUCAACUUCCUGUCAUUCUGCUCCCUCACUUCCUGUCCUUCUGUUCUCUCGUGCAGCCCCCUCCCAAGCUGCCACACGGCGUCUUCACUUCCGAUUUCCAGGACUUUGUGACGAAAUGCCUCAUUAAGAACCCUGCAGAGAGAGCUGACCUGAAGAUGCUAAUGAACCACACCUUCAUCAAGCGCUCGGAGGUGGAGGAGGUGGACUUCGCCGGCUGGCUGUGCAAAACCAUGGGCCUGAACCAGCCCAGCACCCCCACCCGCACCGCCGUCUGACUGCUGUCUGCACCCAGCACUGUCCGUCUGUCUGUCCCUGUGUCCGUCUGUCUGUCUGCGGCUUUCUCCCUCCCUGUCUCUAUCACUCUCUCUCUGUCUCACUCUUUCUCCCUCCCUGUCUCUAUCACUCUCUCUCUGUCUCUCUCUCUCUCCCUCCUCCCUGUCUCUCUAUCACUCUCUCUCUCCUACACGCAUAUGCAUACCCAACCACAGACGCACGCACACACAAAAUUUGUCCGUUCCCUCGCUCUUACCCCCCCUUCACACACCCCCCCCGUUUUACGAGCACUCUGUAUCAGCUGGACCCCAAUGCGAACGAGCGCUGAGAAAAGACUUACAUUUUAGCGCCAGCUAAACAGAAGAUGUGCAUCUCUGUUUAAAAUGAGAUCUGGGGCCUUUCACUGCUGUGCCACAGAUUGUGUGCACCAACCAGAUAUUCAACUCCUGCGUUUAUUCUCUGCGCUUUUCUUAUUGUUAAUGUUCUGGAGGUUCUGGUCGGCCACAGUACUUUCCGGCGCUGUGCUGACAGUGCCGAGCUUCCGUUGCCAUGGUGUUGUGCUCGGCCACGCCCCCUAAAUGCAUUUUCAGAAGCGGCGUCGAGACUUUCAGUUUUAAGAAUAGAAGAAGAGUGUCUGGAGGAUCUGUUGAGUCUGUGGCUGCUCCGCCAUUUUGUGCGUUUCUGGAGGCGGAGCUGUAGCUCAGCCAGGCGACGAAAAAGAAAAAGAGGCGCUCUCCAAAUCCGCUGUAGAUCAGACCGUCCGCUCGCCAGGAAGCACGGGGAAGCCUCCGCCCUCGUCUUUUUCACAAUCGGAGAAAGCGAGAAUUUGAAAAUGGACAUUUUUGUACUUGCUCGUUUUUCUUUGCUCUUCAAACGCACCGAGCCGCUGUAGCUCCAGCGUCCGUACAAACCGCGCCGCAGCCGCGGCGUUAGCCUGACGGGUUGCGCUGAAACGGGGUACUUCUUUCUUGUUUGUUUGUUUUGGAUCAUUUUGAUUAUGUCGUUAAACAUUAAUUCAUAAUCUUUCACGCAGGUCUUUGUAUCCAAAAAUGCCCAAACCAGAGUUCAUAAGAGUAUUUUUACCGAUUAUUUAAAGCAGUAUUGUUAUAACUUUGGAUCACAGCGUUAUUUUUUUGGCUUGGCAGUAAGACGCCUGCUAGAAAUGGGAUAAUUGUAGAAUUUGUCCAAAAAAAAAAAAAAAAAAAGGUGAAGAGCCAUCUCUACUGAGUUUGAGUGACAGGAGGUUGGUUUCUGUGGUUACUGGGUCUCUGUGUAGAUCUUGACGGCUUAAUUUGCAG